AUGGGAAAGAAGAACAAGCAAAAGCAGAAAGUAUUUCUCCCGCCCGAACUCCCACCGGAAGUACCAGACGAUGAAAUCGAAGUCUCCGACGAAGACUUACAAUUCGUCAACGAGAAUCUCGAUUACGCUGGCUUCGUUUCUGGCCUAGACACCUCUUCUAUCGACAAGCAUGUGACGCGCGUGGCGGAUUUGAAAGAAGAUGCAUUAGAGAGAUUGUACGAGAGGCGGUUACAGAAGAAGAAAUUGAAAGAAAAAGAGAAGGAAGAUGAGGAGAAGGAAAGUAGAGUUGAAGUUGAUCGGGUUGAUGCUCUUCCGGUGAAGAGUUUCGACGGAAAAGUUUAUUACCGGACUCUGUCGGAGAAAAAAGGCGGAGAUGUGGGGGAUGGGGAAGGGGAAGAUGGUGGUGGGGAUAAGGGAAUAGUGAAGUUGACAAAAGCGGAGAGGAGGGCAAAAUUGAAGAAGAGUAAAAAGGAGGCGAAGAAACUUGGAAAGGAAGUUGCAAAAGCAGAAGAUGUGAAAGAAACUCCGCAAGCUGCUGUGCUGGCUGAGGUGAAAGAAGAUCUCACAGCUGAAGCGACAUUUGAAACUAAGAAGCAUAAACUUGCAGAGCUUGGAAUAGCAUUGCUGGCAGAUCCAGAGUCCAAUAUAAAAUCUCUAAAAGAGAUGCUACAGUUCUGUCAUGAUUGUGAUGACGCUAUUGUUAAACUUGUACUGCUAUCCUUGUUGGCUGUUUUUAAAGACAUUAUUCCAGGGUACGCCUAUGAUGAUCUGCUGUGCUAUCGGAUUAGGCUUCCUACUGAAAAAGAGCUAGAAAUGAAAGUUUCCAAGGAAGUUAAGAAGAUGCGAUUCUAUGAAUCAACGCUUUUAUCUGUAUACAAGGCAUAUUUGCAAAAGUUGGUAGUGUUAGAAAAACAGUCCAAGUUUCAGCAUGUGGCUGUUCGUUGCAUUUGUACUUUGCUAGAAGCUGUUCCACACUUCAACUUCCGGGAGAGCCUGUUAGCUGCUGUUGUAAAAAACAUAGGUUCCCAAGAUGAAGUCAUAAGGAAGCUUUCUUGUGCUGCCAUUAAGUCAAUUUUUGUCAAUGAGGGAAAACAUGGUGGUGUUGCUUCUGUUGAGGCUGUUGAAUUGAUAGCUGAUCAUGUUAAGGCUCACAAUUGUCAAUUGCAUCCUGACUCUGUUGAGGUAUUCAUGGCCUUAUCAUUUGACGAAGAACUUGGGAAGCCUGAAAAACCAGACAAAGACAGCAAGGUUAAAUAUAAGAAAAACAGAAAGAGAAAGAAUGUUGAGGAGCCAAGUCAAUUGCAAGAAAAUGACAGAAAAAGAAGUAAGAAAGAAUCUAUGGCAAAGAUGAGAGAAGAGGUUACUGCAGAUUAUAAGUCUGCUGUUUUUACCCCAGAUGUAAAGGAGCAGAGGAGGAUGCAGUCAGCUAUGCUUUCUGCUAUGUUUGAGACAUAUUUCCGCAUCUUGAAGCAUACCAUGCAGUCAACCACAGCUAGUUCUGAAGCAAAUGGUAAUUUAGUUGCUGAUGCAUCUGGGGCCUACCCCCUGCUUGCUCCAUGUCUCAAUGGAUUAGGAAAGUUCUCCCAUUUUAUUGACCUAGAUUACAUCGGAGACCUAAUGAGCUAUCUGAAAAAGCUUGCUACUGGUGGUGGUAGCUCAGACAGCUCAUCUGAGAAAUGUGCAAAGGGUCUGACAAUAUCUGAACGCCUCCAAUGCUGCAUUGUUGCCUUUAAAGUGAUGAGGAGCAACCUCGAUGCCCUGAAUGUGGAUUUACAGGGUUUCUUCGUGCAGUUGUACAAUCUCAUACUUGAGUAUCGGCCUGGAAGAGAUCAGGGUGAAGUGCUAGCGGAAGCUUUGAAGAUUAUGCUGUAUGAAGACCGACAACAUGACAUGCAAAAGGCAGCGGCAUUUGUAAAACGAUUGGCCACGCUGUCAUUAUGCUUUGGAUCAGCGGAGUCCAUGGCUGCUUUGGUGACUCUAAAGCAACUUCUUCAGAAAAAUGUCAAAUGCCGGAAUCUGUUGGAAAAUGAUGCAGGAGGUGGCUCUGUUUCUGGUUCCAUUGCAAAGCAUCAGCCAUAUGCAACAGACCCGAAUUUAAGUGGGGCACUUGCUUCAGUUCUCUGGGAACUCAACCUUCUCGCCAAGCAUUAUCAUCCUGCCAUUUCAACAAUGGCUUCAAGCAUUUCAACCAUGAGCACAUCUCAUAACCAAGUUUAUCUUGUCGCCAUGACUCCUCAACAAGCUUUUAGGGAUCUGUCUCUUGAACAAGAGUCAUUCAACCUAAAACCUGAUUCAAGAAAAUCAAAUCACAAGAGUAGAAGAGGAAAUGGGUCUUCCAAAUUGGCUAGUAUUGAAGAAAAUGUAAACAGCACAAGCUCACUCAGCGAAGAUGAUUUGAGAAAGAAACUUUCUGAUCAUUUCAAUCUUCUUCGUGACUUUAAGCAGAAUGAGAAAUUGAGGACAGAAUUAGAUCGUACAACGUCAGCCUUGCAAUUGUAUGAAGAGUAUAAGAAGCUAAAGAGAAAAACAGGAAGGCGAGGUAUCAAGACUGGAGAAAGUUUAAAAUCUGGAAACAUUUUAUUUUUAGAGUCUAAUGUCCUUAAAAGAGAUAUAGAUGACUUUUAUCUUGUAUACAUGUACACUUCUAGGAAGUAG